CAUCGGCAGAUUAAACACCUCCAGAUACGCUUCGACGUAAUCUCACUGCACGAUGCCCAUCCACGGUAUCGCCGCCCUCCUCGAGGGUCGCGUCAAUUAUGGAUACGCCGUCACCGCCGUCAUCCUCGUCGUCCUCGCUGCGACCCUUAAAGCCUGGUCAGGGGGUCGAAAGAACACUUGGGAGAGGGAUUGGGCAGGGAAGAUGAUCCUCGUCAUCGCCGAUCCUAAUCCUAUAACCCUCGAACUCUUACACCAACUCCUCCACCUCCCCUCCCCUCCUCAAAUCCUAUACCUCCCACCUCUACCCUCCCCUCUCCCAGAAUCCCUUCUUACGAUCGUCCAAACGCUCCGACUGUCAGCUACUACCAAGUCCCCGGCUGCUCAGCUGCACUGUGAAGCUUUCCCCCGGACCCCGGGGGCGGUGAGGGCGUUCGUCAAGCAGUGGGCGGUUAACCCUGCUGGGACGGGAGAGGGAGGGAGGAGGUUGGAUGCGAUCGUCUGGGGUGAUGGGUGGGAGCUCGAUGCUGCCUUGGCGGGAUUCCAGACCUCGCCUGCGACCAACACCAAGGAUAAUGAGGACGAAAGCAAAGAAGACGGAUGGACGGUGCAGGAAAGCAAAUUCCAUUUUCUCACCGCCAUGCUCCCUCUCUUGCUCAAGGCACCUAUGGAGCGUUCUAUCCGUCUUAUCAACCUCGUCUCUCCCUUCUACGCCGCUGCCAUCCCUACCUACCAAAACAACAACGACCACACCGAUAACGACCAAGCUGGACCUGCGAGUAACAACAAAAACGCUCGAUCCGCCAUCUUCCAAACGGGCGUCGACUCCUGGAAAGCGAUCCUGUUAUGGACCCACCUUCAAAAGAUCUUGGACGCUCUGGCUUCCACAGUCCAUCCGCAGGUCAACGCGGUCCCUGUCCCCGAGACCGAGCUCCCACUUGGGACGGAGAUCAACAAAGUAGUAAAAGAAGCCGAGGAGACCAUCCGGAGUGUCGAAGAACCCGUUUUGGACGCCCGUCGACUUCCCGGACCUGAAGACAACCUCUCCCUCGCCCAGAAGGAGAUGGAACAGAAGGAAACGUCGGGAAGGAAGACGAUCACCGUGCAGAGUAAUAUCUUGGCGUUGAGCGUUGUCAUGCCGUUUAACCGGUGGGGAGUUGUCAGGCCGAUGUUGGGUUUCCGGCAGAGUUCGAACACGCUCGGGAUGCUUGUCUACCUGCUCUUCUCCCCCCUCAUCUACCUUCUCACCCCCUCAAACGCUAAAUCCCUCCAAAGCGUGCUCUUCGCCCUCCAAGCUCCGGUGCUCUACGACGACGAGCUCGCCAGAACCAAGGGCGUGAGUAAAGGGUUCGUCAAGCAUAUGCCUAGGAGCGAUGGGGUCAGAGGAGGGUCUAUUAUUAGGAAUUGCGAGAGCUAUGCAUCUCACGUUCCCGAGCACAAGGUCGACGAGCUAGGUAAGACCGUCUGGGAAGACUUGGAGACCGUCGUCGAGGAACGUCUCAAGGCCGAGAAACCCCAAGGGCAAACUCAGUCUACAACGAGUGGGAACGGGAAAGCGUCCGUCGAGCCGGUGGUAGUACCCGACGAUGUGUAUGCUUGAGAUGGACGUGGAAAGAAGACGGGCCGUGGAAUUUAUGCGCAUUCUCAUCAUAGCUGGGCCGCAUGAUAUUGCCGUGAGACGGACGUACGUGUGCGGGUUGCGGCGAGUCCUGUUCAGAAAGCAUAUACGUUGGAGGCGAGAACCUGCUCCCAAUCGCCAGUCCGAGCCAAGGAACCGCAAUGUCUGGUCUAGUUGUUGCCAGCAUGCCAUCCUCUAUCAUGGGCCAUUGAUGUAAAUGUACAUAAAAUGCGUUGCUCAAGAUGCAUUGAAUCUUGCAAUACUUGCCGGCAUCGAUCGCCGCAAAGUCAAGUUCCUCUAUGCUGCAAAGCCGAGUUCCUUUACGGUAAAACUUCUCACAACAACUUGCAAAGAAGGAGGAGUGACAAUGAGGCACGGUUUCAGAGCCUCAACCUUACAGUCCCCGUAUUGUUGCUGGAGAACUUUCGCUUGAUAAACCCCAAAGGCAG